AUGACUGACACUCAAACCGCAAUUGUCUCUUCUGAUCCCGAUGUGGAUCUUUGGAAUGUCAUCCAAUCUCCGGAGUUUAAUAUAUACCAAUGCAUUGACAUGCUCCGUCAGUAUUCAGAAAACGUGGGCAUACAGUAUCAACUUUGUAAGCGUGCUUCAAUCUACCCUAUUACUGAACUUCGACUCUUUGUUCCCGAAUUUUUGCAGCUCUUGAUAACUGUUGAGACACAGUCAAUGGCUCUUGAAGAAAUGGUGAAAACCCUUUGUAAUAAGGAUGCACAUUUCAGUCUCAUUACUUUUUGGCAUCUACAGGCGUUGCUCCAACAACUAGGAGCAGAGCCUGAAAGUAUCGGUUUUCAGACUUGUAAAAGGCUGAUAAACGAGUUACAAUACCAACUCUUCAAUUAUUUUUCUCGUCCUGGCGGAGGAAGUUUGGCUGCAACUUCAACUGGUUUCGUUUCUCGCCAUGAUGUCAACCAGAACUUCCGUGAGAAUCUUGCCCCGUCCAUUGUAUUGCAAACGUCUCUUCUCGCCGGUGUCACAGUGCCUGAGGUCACAACAUACGUCGAGCCUGUUGUAAAAAUUCAGGGCAAGCGUGUCAAGACUUUAGUCUUCGAGGUCCUUAAGGAUGUCAAAAAGAGUCUUACUAAGAAUCUUACCCUGAAGAACACGCUAAAGAAUGCUCGAAGUGGUGGAAAUGGAAGGGUAGCUGAUAGUUCCCCUGAUGUACGAAGAACUAAGUCAGUGACCUUGAACCGGGAUGUUGCUAGCACCGCAGGUUCCGCAUCUGCUACACGACUUAGACGGUCAGAUGACUUGGAACUGGAUAUGGUAGACUCCUAUGCGGAGAUCCAUCUGCCCAAGCUUCGGAGGCCUUCUUUAAAAUCUGGAAAGUUUGCUCCUCGAACCGAAAAUGCAAUUUACGGCCAUUCAGCCACUACAAUGAUGUCACUAAAUAAGCCUGGUGUCUCUCGAGUCGCUGCAAAGGGUUCUGGUCCUCCCGCUAACAACAUUGACCAUUUAGUGGCUUCAAUGCCUAACUUGCAUACUUCUUUGACUGCAGAUAAUUUUGGAUUGCACGGCUCGUACGCAUCUUCAAUUCGUAAUUCCUUUGAGUUUCGUAACAGCAGUGAACUAGAAAGUCUAAAUGGCGAAGACUCUGGAGUUGUAUCGUCACUUUCAACAUAUCGCGUUCCAUUGAACAAGGCCCAGCAAGUUAAACUACUCAAAUCUAAUUAUUUCAAGAAUACUACGCAGUUUGUCAUUGCUUUUCAAAGCAUUUCUAUUCGUUUAUCUAAGGUUCCUCGAGAAGCCCGAUUGUCUACGCUUAAGGCCGAGUUGGCCCUUCUCAAUAAUGAUCUACCAUGCGAAGUUGAUAUUCCCACGCUUCUUCCGAAGAAUAAGAGGGGCAAGCAUCAUAAAAUCUGUCAUAUAGCGGUUAAUGAAAGCGCUGUCUUAAAUUCUGCAGAGCGUGUUCCAUACUUAUUGCUUAUAGAAUACUUCUCUGAUGGUAUGGACUUCAACCCUGAUUCGCCUGACAAUCAGAGUUUACUGUACGAUCUGCAGCAAUCCGGUGACGAUGGUAAAUACAAAUUUGAUUUGGCGUACCGUGAUUCUGUUAGAACUGAUCAUAUUAUCAAUCCUGGCUCCUCUUCUUGGGCUUCCACUGUCUCCUCUGGAAGACAAACCAGUAGCUGUGGAAAAAGAAUUCCUUCGUCAGAGGUUGCUGGGACAGCUGUCGUGGAGGAAUCGGAUCUCGGUGACGUGUCUGUUGUUAAACUUACUAAUAACAUAGAUGACAAGGAUGCGCUUAUGUUUCCUACGAAAAGCUUUUUUUCUGAGGAUCAGAGUCUUCAUAAUCAGAUUCACAGUAUCAAGAUGUCUUUGCAUGAUCAUAUGAAAGACAGUUCUGAACAUGACAAGAAUUUGGCAGUUCAGUUACGUAUUGCUGGUAUUAUGCUCAGGCAGUUAGAGUCCUCUAGCACUACACUUUCGACUUCGCAGGCACAGCAGAUUCGAUCGCGUAUUGUUGAUUCAAUGAAGUCCAUGCAAAACAGUUUUGAAUCGGUGGGUAUCUCAAAUGACAAUGACGAUGGAGCUGGAGAAAGAAAGUUGUCCAACGACUUAAAGGUUGCCGGAUUGAGUUAUCUUGGGGAGGAUUGGAACAAGAAGAAAGAGCGAAUUAGGAAACAGUCAAAGUUCGGUCAGUACGAAAAUUGGGAUCUUUUCUCAGUAAUUGCCAAAACUGGAGAGGAUCUCGGUCAGGAGGCGUUUGCGUGCCAACUUAUUCAGGCCAUGGCGAAUAUGUGGUAUAAAGAUGGAGUUCGUGUCUGGGUUAAGAGGUUGCGUAUCCUUGUGACUUCUUCUAACACAGGCCUUGUUGAAACUAUCACCGACGCCCUAUCUAUUCAUUCCAUCAAAAAAUCUCUUACCGAGUACAUGGUAAACAAGGGUGAAAUUCAGAACGGCCUGAUUGUUAGCCUGAAGGAUCACUUCAUUAGGCUGUUUGGUAAUGAGGACUCUCCAAGGUACAAGAUUGCUCAGCAGAAUUUUUGCUCGUCUUUAGCUGCAUAUUCUAUUGUCUGCUACGUUUUACAGAUUAAGGACAGGCACAAUGGUAAUAUCAUGAUUGACUCAGAGGGCCAUAUCAUUCACAUAGACUUUGGUUUCUUACUCUCGAACUCUCCUGGAUCCAUGGGUUUUGAGUCUGCCCCGUUCAAACUAACGCAGGAAUACGUAGACGUUCUUGGGGGAGUGGAUUCCUACUUCUUCCAGCAAUUCAAAUUUCUCACUAAACAGGCAUUCAAAUCAAUUCGGAGAAAUGCAGAUAGUCUUGUGAAUAUAGUGGAAUUGAUGCAAACAGAUUCUUUUCUACCAUGCUUUAGUGCCGGAGAAAACACUUCAGUCUUCUUGAAGCAACGACUUCAGUUACAUCUAACGGAUGAGGAGAUUGAUGCGUUUACCGAAGACUUUCUCAUUAAUAAGAGUAUUAACAGUGCGUAUACCAGACUCUAUGACCAAUUCCAAAUGCUCACCCAGGGAAUUUAUACAUGA